UCGGCAUUCAUUAUAAUUAAAUCGUAAUUUAAGUUUUACUCUAAUACAUGUGAAUUAUGACACUGACCGAACCUGACAAAGGGUGGGCUUGGAUUAUCCUUGUGGCAUCAUUCGUGGAGCAUUGCAUUGCUGGAUUCUCUCUUUAUUCUAUUGGACUUUUUCAUAUCAUAUUUCUAGACAGAUUUCGUGAGGACAUUACUUUAACUUCAUGGAUUAGUGCUGUUUUCUUGUGCUUCCUUAGUUUAACAGGACCUUUGGCAAGUUAUUGCAUCGGAAGAUGGGGCUGUCGAGUUACCAUGAUAAUAGGAUCCCUCCUGUUGACAACGUCAGUUGUAAUCACAGCAUUUGUGCAACACAUAGCACUUGCAUUUCUAUUUUUCGGUGUUUUCGCAGGUAUUGGAGUAGGUUUUCUGUACACCACUGGAUAUAUUGUUAUAGCUUUUAACUUUGAAAAGAAGCGUAACAUAGCAACUGGCAUCGCUGUGGCAGGCUGUGGGAUUGGUCCAUUUGUAUUAAGCCCAAUUUACCAGAUGAUACAUCACGAAUAUGGAUAUAAUGGAUUCUUCCUUUUGUUUGGUGGGCUAUCAUUGAACGCAUGUGUUGUUGGAGCAUUGCUACGUCCUUCGAGAUUGGAGGUAUCAAGUAGAAUAGCAAGAACUAAAAAAAGAACAUUUGAUAAAACUGGUUGUGAAUGUGAUUUAAGUGUUGUAAAAAACCUACCACUGUUUUGUGUAUGUAUAUCUGGAGUAUUUCUCAAUGUAGGGAUUUUCCUUGUUUACUUACAUUUUCCUACAUACGCAAUGGAAAAUAGUUCUACGGAAGAAGAAGUUUCUUGGUAUUUAUCUAUAGCGGGUAUUUCUAGCUGUGUUGGUAGACUAUUAUUAGGAAUGGCAACGAACAGUGAAGACGUUAGUGAAGAUAUAGUAUUCUUUGGAACAUAUUCAAUUCUUGGUUGUGCUACUAUUUUACUGCCUUCAUUUAUAAAAUUCCAUUACGCGAAAAUAUGUUAUUCCAUACUGUUAGGAGUUAAUUCAGGGAGUUGUUACGUAGUCAUUAAUACCAUUGUUUUGCGAUUGACUGGUCCUAACCACGUCGCACAAGGCACAGGUUAUGUACUGGCCUAUAUAGGAGUAGGAACUUUGAUAGGACCGCCAUUAGCAGGAUUUAUAAUUGACAACGGAGGAAGCUACGCAGAAUCAUUUGUUAUAGCAGGUUUAUCACUGAUUAUAGGUGCUUUUAUAGAAAUCUGCAGUUUCUGCUUUAAAACUGAUACGUACAAAAUACCUCACACAGAAGAUAUCAAUAUUUGUGUUACAGAUGACGAAAUAAAUAGUAAUAGCAAAAUUGCUAUAGAAGAACAAACAAAACUCACAUAAAAUAAUAAGUGAAUUAAAGGUUGAAGCAUUUCAAAAUAUUCAGUAUUAAUAAAUGUUACCUAUGAUUUUUUUAAUUAAUGACAAAGAGGGGCAUUAAUCUGUUUGUUAAUAUAAGGAAUGUAUAAAUUUUCAGCCAUGUCCAGUUUGAUUAAUUUGUUAUUUUUUUUUAUAUCAUAAACUCAUUACUCUAGAA